AUGGCGGACGACCCACGUCCGCUCAGCAAGAAGCUGCUUAGGAAGCAGGAGAAAACACAAUGGCUGGCUGGCUGCGCGCAAAGCUUUUCAAUUGGCAAGUGGCAACCCCAAGUUCUCACGGAAGCGUUGGAAAUAGCGUCAAAGCCAUCGGAGCGCACAUGUCGACCUCUUUCCCUCCGUCCACUCGUACCCGUGCUCGUCCACCACAUGUACCACAUGUACCAUUCGAUGGCAGGCAGUAAGCCCUUGGGCGAAGUGGUAGCUUGCGAGUUUCCGGCCGACGUUCUCGCCCGAGUAUUGCGCUCCGGUGGUGCAAUUAGGACUCGUGCGAUUCAAUGGAAGCGAGACAAGUUACGACUUAGUGAUCCAAAGUGGAGACUUUUUCGACCUUUGAAGCGCCGACAUGAACCAAAUGUCAUUGUCCAGUGA